UUUAUCUGGGGAAUGUUAUUUUUUCAGCAAGAAACUGGCUAGUGAAAUUACUAAAGCGUCAGCCUUAUAUGCUCUGCAGUCGGUAUUGUUACAAACAAGUAAUAUCCAGUGGCAACUACGUAUACGUUUGAGAUAUAUACCUUAUGAAUCGAGUAUCACACAUCCUUUACAGUUCUUCGUGAUGAGUUCAUUCAGGUGAUUAGUGUUUGUCUAAACAAAUCAUAAAUUGAUUUCAGAAGUAUUAGCCGCGAUAGAGUUUUCGUUACAUUUGUAUCGGAGGUGAUGAAUACCAAGUGAAACAAUCAAGACAAGGGAAAGAUAACUAUAUUGCCUAAAACUUCUGUCAAUGUGUAGCUAAUGAUUGUGUAUUAUUGAACAUCCAAACUUUGUAAUAACAUUCAUAUUUGUUAACGAUCAAUUAACACAAUUCACAUCGUAAUGAUUUAUACUAUGUCGACUGCAUUUGUGUUUCCUCAGGAAAUCCAAUGAAUGCGAAAAUGUGUUUAUUCAAAAAUGUAUAUAAAAUAUCUUAAAUAACGAUAAUGAUGAAAUUACGAAACGUAAUUUUAGGGGUACAUGAUUAGAGGAAUACAUGGAAUCAAAAUGGCACGUAGACGUAAAACUGAAAUGAAAUCAUCCGUGAAGUCAUCUCUUAAAUAUGUACCUGUUAGAAAAUCUAGUAGACAAAUAGCAAAAAAGCAAUCGGAAGAGAAAAAGGUUAAUGGUGAUGUUUUGCAAAUAUCUUACUUAAACAAUUCAGAAGAUUGUAGAAGUGCUACAGAAUACACAAACCAAGUAUUGUCAAAAAAGAAUCAAAAUUCUUCGAGAAAAUAUAAGCACAAAAAUGGUUCUAAUAGUAACGUACUUGCAAUUAACGAAGAAUAUUCAUAUUCAACAACGUCACAAUAUAAAAAGGACUCCAGUGAAAGCGAUAGUCAAGAUGGAGUAGACAUAAUUGGUCAGCCUGAGGAACUUAGCCCGGAAGAUGUUCAACAAGUAGUUGUUGGUAAUCCAAGUAAGGAAAUUGUAACUGAACCUGAGUCUACUGAAAUUGAAAUAUGGCCCGAAGAUGUGAUAGAAGAAACAAUAAUUUGCGAAGAAAUGGAAGUUAAAGAUGAUAUUAAAAAUAAUGAUUACGAUUCAAAACAAGAUGAUAACAUGAUGAUAAAAGAGGUAUUACUAGCGGAUACACCUUCAUUAGAAAAAAAAAAUUUUAUCGAAUAUACUGUGAUACAAAAUGAGAGUAGAAUGGCAUCCAUGUUAAUAGAAUGUGAUUCAAAAAACACUUCUAGUAAUGAAUGUUGCUGUGCUGUGCAAAACAGUAUAUGCAGUUUACAUAGAAACAAAACGGACAAUUCCAUAUCAGAUGUAUGUACAGAGGUGCCAAUUGCUUCUAUUGAUAAAAAUAGUGAGUUAUUCAGUUUGCAAAAAUCAUAUAUUCAUAAUAAUAAAAAUAUACUUAACAAUCAAGAGGAAUUACACGUAAAUAAAAACACACACAUGAAAAAAUCACAUGAAAAUUUAUCUAAAGAUGAUUCAUUUUAUAAAAUAGAUAACAAAUUAGCAGAAAUGCAAAUUAAUGAAUCUUCCAAAGAAAUACAAAAAUUGGUUAAUGAUUUAUCUAACAUAGAAAACAUAAUGUCUCCACUUCAAAUUACAGACAACAUAGAAAAAGUAAUACCAAUGUCCAUUGAUGAUGAAAGCAGUUGUUCAAUAUUAGAUAAAAUGGAACAGUUACAUCAGACAAAUAAUUCUGCUUCUGUACUUGAUAAUGUAGAUAAAAAUACAAUAGAAUCAAAUAAAUCUGAAUCUUAUAAUGAUAAAACGGAAUGUACAGAUCAGAAUUUAUUAAAAUUGAAAGUUUUACAAGAUAAAAAGAAUGGAAAUCAAAGGAAACCUAUUAGUUCACAGCAGGUUAGCGAAGAAUUAUAUGGUGAUAGUGAAGCAGAUAGUAAACUUGAUGGGGAAGACACGAAAUUGUCUAGUAGUAGUGAAAAUAGUAAUGACACAUUGUUAUCUAUGAAUAACUGUAAACUGACAGAACUUGACACAAAAUGUAAUAAUAGUUCGAAUGAUAUUGAUAAAAGAACUGAAUUUAGAAGCAGAAGUGGUAGUACAGAUACAACAGGUUCAGAAAGUGGAUCUAAUAGUUCUGGUGUAAGAAGAAGUAGUAGAAUUAGGUCGAUUGGUUUAAUGAAACAAAGGUCUCGCGGACGCGGUUUAGUUACGAAACCUAAUAUAGAUAUUUCAAAAUCUAGUGUUCAACAAGACCGGGAGAAAAUAGUUAACAAUAAUUUUUCAAUUACUAAUGAAGUAAAAGUUGAUAAUACAAUUGAACCGCAAUCAGAUAAAGAAAAUAACAUUAAUAAAACAACAAAUACACUUGACUCUCUCGCCUCGUUAGCAACAGCCUGUAGUACUACAGGCUAUGAUUCAGAUUCGUCUAAACCUGUUAAAGUAAAAUCUCGUUGGCGAAGAUCAAGUGAACUUGAAAUGGGUGGAUCAACUACAGUAGUUGCAUCAGCAUUAACUGGAUCCUUAAUGACAACCACGACUACAAAUGUAUCUGAAGCAAGCUCAUCUUCAACAUUUAAAUUUACAACUGGACCUACAACAGAUGUUAGUUCUUCAGAUACUGGAUUUGCUUCUGCAGCAAUAAUUGCAAACACUCUAUCUAAAAUAGAUACAGAACAAAUAAAAGAAAUAUUACCAGCUAAUCCUACUAAUAUUGUACAAAUUCCAAAAACUGUUGGUGCAAAAAUUUUGUUACCUAUGGUUCCUGAAAUAAAAGAUAGAGAAAUGGAAGAAAGACUGAGUCAAUUUGAAUAUUUGAGUGAAAAUUUAUAUCUCACAGAAAGGUAUACAAACAAAGAAACAAAACGAAUGGUAUGUGACUGUUUUUUAACAGAAGAAGAAAUUGAAAGAGGAGAAUUAGGUUGUGGGGAGGAUUGUCUCAAUAGAUUACUAAUGAUAGAAUGUGGUCCUCGGUGUGUAGUAGGUGAUCGUUGUACAAAUAAAAGAUUUCAAAAUUGUGAAUAUGCUAAAUGUGAAGUAUUUAGAACAGAAAAAAAAGGAUUUGGAUUACGAGCUAUGGCAGAUAUGUUAGCAGGGGAAUUUAUAAUGGAAUAUGUAGGUGAAGUAGUAGAUCCUAAAGAUUUCCGACGUAGGGCAAAGGAAUAUUCGAAAGAUAAAAAUAGACAUUACUACUUUAUGGCAUUAAAAUCUGAUCAGAUUAUUGAUGCUACUAUGAAAGGAAAUGUUUCUCGAUUUAUAAAUCACAGUUGUGAUCCCAAUUCUGAAACACAAAAAUGGACAGUGAAUGGUGAACUGAGAAUAGGUUUCUUUAAUAAAAAAUUCAUUGCUGCUGGUGAGGAAAUUACAUUUGACUAUCAUUUCCAACGUUAUGGUAAAGAGGCGCAGAAAUGUUUCUGUGAAGCUGCUAAUUGUCGUGGUUGGAUUGGUGAAACACCUGAAGAAGAGAAAGAAAAGAUUGAGAAAAAGGAAAAACGUGAUAAAGAUAUGAGGAAGAAGAAGGGUGAAAAGAAGCAAGCUGAUUAUAUGGAAGAUGAAGAUUUGGAAGAAGAAAUAGAUAAGUUAUGCUUAGGAGGCUUGAAGAAUAGAGCUCACACAUUAACAUUAAGUCGUUUGAUGGUUCGUAGUAGAGAAUUAGAACAUAGGACGCGCCUUCUGCGUCUUAUACAAAGCGGAGAACAGCCAUGUAGACGAUUAUUUUUGGAUUAUCACGGUUUACGUUUAAUUUGGAGUUAUGUCAUGGAUAUUUCUACAAAUGAUUCCGAUGAAGCGCAACAAUUUCGACUGGAAGUUUUGAAAACUCUAAAUACGCUUCCAAUUCCUAAUAAAACUAUGUUGAUGGAUAGCAAAAUCUAUAAUGUAGUUGAAAAGUGGUCAAGAAGAUUAUAUUUUUCUCCUAGUGGAGAUUCUCCAGAGGAUGAUCAAGAAAAGUCAAAAUCAAAUAGCGAAGAAUUACAAAUUAGUUAUGACAUCGAAAAAAGAACGUCCUAUCAAGUAACUGACGUAGAGAAAAAUGAAAAUAACUUAGAAAGUAAUGAAAUAAAAUUAGACAACGCAGAUCGAAAUCUUAUUCCUGAAUUAGCGACUAGUCUUUUAGCUGAAUGGUCAAAUUUAAAGGAAGUUUUUCGUAUACCAAAAAAAGAAAGGAUUGAACAAAUGAAGGAACAUGAAAGAGAAGCAGAUCGUGGAUACAGAGAAGAACUAGAAAAGGAGGAAAAAAGAGGAACAUCAUAUGACAGACAUAGAUCUGAUAGAUACGGAAGAAGUGAAUCAGAAAAACGUGGGGAUAGAAGACGAGGACGAGAAUCUCCAGAGUCUGAUCAUAUUCGUACAAAAGACAAAAGAUUAGAAGAAAGAAGUAGUUUAGUUCCAAUUCCACGAAUGACAAAAUAUGAGCGUAGACAAUUGUUUGCCAUGAAAGUUGCUAAAGAGGAAGAAGAGCGGCAACGUCGUCAGCAACAGGAAUCAUGGCAAGAUCAUGAAACUAGAUGUCUAGCAUUAAGCAUAGAUCCUCAUACUACUGCUAUGGUGGAUCCACAAACAGGAUAUCCCGUUUUUUAUAAUCCAUCAAUUGGGCAGUGGCAACAAUAUCCUACACAAGAUAGCGAAAUAAGUCAACAAUGCACCCCUAUAUACGUGGGUGCACCGCAAGCGGUAGCUGGUCAUUCACAGUCCGGAAUAGUAUCUCAAAACUCGCAUGUAUUGCAGCCAACAAUUUCUUCUGAGAUACCAUCUGGCAUCCCAAGCAAUAUACCUUCAGGUGUACCUCCAGUAAUAUAUACGUUAAGCCAAACACCUGUGUUCAAUCAAACUACAACAGCUUACUCUUUGAUGUCCCACUGUCAUCAACAAUAUCCUGAAGGUCAAUUGUCCCUGUCUAAUAAUUUAGUACAUAGUGGAACACCCGUUACAAUUCAAACUCAACCUCUGUAUGAACAUAUUGAAAAGCAAACGGAUCAACAAUUCCCUGCGAUUAGACCACCGCAACCAGAAGUACCCCCCAUAGAUUUGCCGCCUAAAUGGAAAAGCGCAACCGAUGCCAGAGGCAGAACAUAUUACUACCAUGUGAAAGAACGAAUAUCACAGUGGUUACCUCCUCCGCCGGAUCACAUUGGAGUUCAACCAGAUUCAUCGUCAACUUCGGAAUCUAGUGAGGAAUCUAGUUCCUCGAACGAGGAGGACGAAGAGAUUGACGAAGAUAACAACGAAGAUUCGAAAACCGAAGAGUUAACUUUAAAUAAUACUUUGAUAGAAAAAUCAUUAAAUGGUUCUAAACAUAAUACCUGUAAGAAAAGCGCUGUUCACUUAACUGGAAGUUCUGGAUUUUUCCCAGAGGGCAAGAAAAGAAGAGAAGGUUUAGUUCAAGAAAGAAUUAUUAGUCCACGACGCGAAGAGGAUCGCAUGGAUCACAAAACGCACAAAGGAAUAAAGGAAAAAUUACGUCGUCAAAAAGAAAGAGCGAAAUUUAAAGAACACGUUGACAAAAUGCGAAGACAUCGACGUAACAACAAAUCUAAAUCACAUUCACGUCAUAGUUUAAAUAAAUUACAGUCCCCUUCAACAGAUGUAUCUACAAUGUCAGAGAGAAAGAUAAAAGAUACCUUUAGAAUAAAUAUGGCAAAUGUGAUGGUACACUUUUUGAAUCCGUAUAGAAAAAAUGAUUGUAAACAGGGUAGAAUAACUAAUACGGAAGAUUUUAAACAUCUUGCUAGAAAGCUUACACAUUUUGUACUUGCAAAAGAAUUGAAACACUGUAAAAGCGUUGAUGAAUUGCAGUGUAAUGAAAAUGUUAAACAUAAAGCUAAAGAUUUUGUACGUAAGUAUAUGAGUAAAUUCGGUGCAGUUUACCAAAAAGGUACAGACGAAGAUUAAUUAUAUAAUUUAUAACGUCAAAAAUUGUUAUUUAUUAUACGAAUUCUUUAAUUUCAAUAUUGUAAUAUACUUAUUAGAAAUACACCUACAAAACGCCUGUAUGUAGAUACAUUUGUAAUUAUUAUUAUUGUAACAUAGGUAAAUUUGUACAUGCUUCAUAAACAUUCUCGUAAUUUAGCUAUUAAACAAAAAUUAGUAAAUUUCUAACUUCAUACAUUUAAUGUGUAAACUUAAUAUUUAAUUUGGUAUAGAACAAUAUGUCUGUUAUAUAUUUUAAAAAUAUUGCAUUUUAUGUCCUGCUACAAUGUAUAUCUUACACAGUUAUGUAUUGACCUAUCUUUUAUAUCGGUUUCAAAAAGGACAUUAAAAU